UAUGUCAUCCAACAUCCUGUUCCUCACUUUAUACUCUUCAACAGAAUCUUGCUGUUUCUUGAGCUCUCAAGAAAUCUCUCAGUCUUCAUCAAGAAGUAGAAUGGAUCUGAAGGAGUACUUCAACAGGAUUGGGUUUACUGGCCGAUAUGAUAAAGCUGACCUUCACACUUUAUCCACCAUCCACAAGCUUCAUGUUAUGAAUAUUCCCUUUGAGAACCUCAGCAUCCACUGUGGGGAGAAGAACACAAUAGACCUGUCAAUCAUCUAUGAUAAAAUUGUCAAGAGCAUUCGAGGUGGCUGGUGUUGUGAAAACAACCUCUUAUUCUCAUGGGUCCUAAGAGAGAUGGGUUACAAAUACACAACACUAGGCUCUAAGGUGUUUAGUACGUUCAAAAAGGAUUUCUACCCUGUCGAUUCUCAUCUCAUUAAUUUGGUGGAGAUCGAUGGAAAACCUUACAUCACAGAUGUGAGCUAUGGCGUGUCAUGUCAAAUGUGGUAUCCCUUAGAGAUGAUUUCAGGGAAAGAUCAGCAACAGCCUCCAGGUGUGUUCCGUCUCCUAAAUGAUGGGAUGAGGUGGGUUCUGGAGAAGACUGGAAGAAAGCCGCUGGUCAAGGAUAACGCCUUUGCUAAAUCUUCCCUUAUCGACCAGCGCCUGUUGAAAACCAUGUAUUGCUUCACAUUAACACCACGUAGAGCCGAUCACUUUCUGGAGACAUCAGAGUGCCUGCAGACGAGUCCAGACUCUCGGUUUGUCCUCAAAUCCAUUUGUUCUCUGCAGACACCUACUGGUUUUAGAGCUCUGAUUGGCUGGACGUUUAGUGAGAUCACAUUCAACCCUAAGGAGGACUUUGACUUGGUGGACAUGAAGGAAAUUCCAGACUGUGAGAUAGAGGCUUUGCUGAGGGAAAAGUUUAAUGUGGUGUUAGUUAAUAAGUUCUCACCUAAGAACCACAAAGCUCAUUACUGCAUGUAAUAUUCAGUAAAUAUUCUACUAUAAGGUUAUGAGUGUCCAUUUCAUUUUGAAUGACAAUUAAGCAAAGACAAUUUGAUGUUUUCACAGAAUCAAAAAAGAAAAAUUUACACUGUAAAAAAAUAAAAAGUUGAGUUAACUUUAAUAAAUAAAUUU